AUGGAGAAGGAAAUUCAAGAUUUUUUCCUGCGGAUUUUGGAUCAAAGGAAAAAAGAGACAACGAGAGAAGCACAUGAAAAACAUGGUUUUGGCGACGAUUAUCUCGGGUCCCUUUUGAGGGCGAAUCACGAUCCCGUUGAAAAAAAGAGAAUCUCCGUUCAAGAAAUAAUAGACGAAUGCAAGACAUUUUACAGUGCUGGACAUGCAACCACGUCCACUUUGCUCUCGUGGACCGCUCUUCUUCUUGCUAUCGACUCCGAAUGGCAAGAAAAGGCCCGCCAAGAGGUGCUCGAGGUAUUCGGGCCCCACAAUCCAAAUUCCGAGGGCCUUUCAAAACUCAAAACGAUGAGCAUGAUCAUAAACGAAUCCCUUCGACUAUACCCUCCGGUCCCAAUCAACGAAAGGAAAACCACCAAGACAUCCAAAUUAGGGAAUCUAAUCAUCCCGCCAAACACAAAAAUCAACAUGCCAAUCCUAGCCCUACAUCACGACCCCGCAAUUUGGGGCGACGACGCACAUCUAUUCAAACCCGAAAGGUUCUCGAAAGGGAUCGCCGAAGCCACCAAGAAUAUUCCGGCUGCAUUCUCGCCGUUCGGGCUCGGGCCCCGCACGUGCGUCGGCAUGAGUUUCGCCACCAACGAGGCGAAGAUCGCACUGUGUAUGAUUCUGCAGCGCUAUACAAUCACACUGUCUCCCAAUUACGUGCACUCGCCCGUUCAAAUCAUGAGCCUUCGCCCACAGCACGGCGUUAAAGUCGUCUUGCACGCGCUUUGA